CGUGCGAUUCUCAACCGCAAGGUGCUUACUUCGCCGUUACGGCACCACCCUCGUCAGAUCUAAGUGCCACAUUCCUAAGAUUUGAAACCCUAUGAGAUUGACACGUGACACGUCGGUUAGUAGCUACUAGUAACUGAUUUACUUUGGUGGUUAGCCAAAAUGAGUGGUCCAAUAAAAAGAAAAGCGGGUAAGUCGUUGUUUCUGUUCUGUGAAGUAAUAACAGAGGAAAAUUAAUGGGAACGAUCACAAAUUCCCUAGUCUCUAGCUUCAAACCCUAAUUUCCGAUUUUAUUGGUCUCCCAGUCAAUACCUAUUUAUUCUCUCUCCUUCACGAUCUUUCUUCGUCUCCAAAAGCUCUGUUUUUUUUUUUCUUUCUUCUUCAAAAGGAAAGUUUUUUUUUUUCUUUUUUAGGUUCCGCAUCUGAGUCAUAAGUUAUGCAGGAUGGGUAGAGUGAAGCUAAAGAUAAAGAAACUACAAAACAUGAAUGGACGUCAAUGUACGUAUGCGAAAAGGAGACAUGGGAUCAUGAAAAAGGCUAAGGAGUUAUCGAUCUUAUGCGACAUCGAUGUUGUGCUUCUCAUGUUUUCUCCCAUGGGGAAGGCUUCAGUUUGCAUAGGCAAACACAGCAUUGGAGAAGUCAUUGCUAAGUUUGCUCAACUCAGUCCUCAAGAAAGGGCAAAGAGGAAAUUGGAAAACCUUGAAGCCUUGAGGAAAAUAUUCAUGAAAGUUAACCACGAUAUAGAUAUAUCAAAGUUUCUAGACAGAAGUACACCAACAGUUGAGGUGCUUAGCGAAAAAAUCAGGUUUCUGCAAACACAAUUAUCAGAUAUACACACACGACUAAGCUACUGGACCGAUGUAGAAAAUAUCGACAGUGUAGAUGAUUUGCAGCAACUAGAACAUUCAUUAAGACAAUCUCUGGCUCAAAUCUAUGGUCGUAAGGCGAGCAUGCCGAGACAUCAGCAUCGACAACUUAUGUCCUCCAAAUGCAAAAACCAGUUGCAGACUGAAAUAGAUAUAGAUUUCGGAAUGGAGAUGGAGCAACAGCUUGAGAAUUUCUCAUGGGUUCGUACCGAUGAAAACAUGAAUGUUCCUCCAAAAGAAGAAGACCCUAAUAUGCAGCUUCAUCAGAUGUACAGGGACAUAAAGUGUUCUGCAAGUUCAUCUCUUGGAAAUUACUCAGGACUCUUCUUUAGUAAAAGCUCAGAUCUCUCAACUCCAAAAUUACAAACCGGCAGUAUUCCCGGGACAGCAGCUGAUCCAAACCAACAAAUUAGCAAUCUCAGUUUCCUAAAUGAUCAAAAGCUUCAGCAACUAGCUGAGUGGAAUCUAUUAGGAAGUCCCGCGGAUUACUACGUUAGCCAGAUCUUGGAAGCUUCUUAUAAGCCUCAGUUCGGAGGAAAAAACAACUGCGCUUCUUCUGAAACAUUACCUUAUGUUGCGGUCUUCGAUGAUCCUCUAUAUUUUUGGCCAAACUGAGAAGUAGCUCCGGAAAAAACACAGAGGCAUUGAUCCGAAAACGCGCCUUGUCUUUGUAUCGAUCAGUCAAAAAUGCGGAAGAAGCUAGGAUUGAUAAGUUACAGGGACACAUACUACAAUAUAUGAGACUAUUUUAAGUUGUUUGUAA